AUGGUCGUCGUGCGAGAUGAAAAUGUGUCUGUGGCCAGCUUUGUCGAUGUUGUCGCAGAAGUUGUUGUAGAUGCAGCUAUCAAUAUUGAUGUAGUUGCGGUAGCUUUUGUAGUUGCAGCAGCUGUUGAAGUGGCAGAUAUUAUGGUCAGAAUGGUUAACAUAAUAAACGAUAAAAUUGUUAAUUGUGAAGCAAUCGAAGAAAAUGAUGAAGUUGUGAGGAAGCCUGAUGUGACGACUGAUGCGGUUAGUCUGGUCAAUGAUAGAACCAUUUCAAUGGCCGUAGAAAAUAUUUGCAUUUCUGCGCUCGAAGUUAUCAAAGGCGUGCAAGUUGAGUUGAAAAAUACUGCUGCAUCGAUUGGUAUUAUGCUGUUCAAUGUUUCUGUUGUUGUUGCGCUUGUCAGUCUGGUCGUUGUUGUUGAUGUUGUGUCUGUUGAAUUCGUGGUAGCUGAGUUUGUUAAUGGCAAGUUUGUAGUCAGAACUUUUGAUGGUGUGUCUAUUGAAAGCAGUCUACAUGACAUUAUCUCCGGAAGUGAUGAUGUAUCCAAUGGAUUGGAUUUUGAUGCUGCGGUUGAAAAACAUUAG